AUUUAAUAGAAAGUCGUAAAAAAAAAAGUAAUUCUUGAAUUUUUAUAAUAAAAUUUAAUCAAAAAAAAAAAAAAUGGAUUAUAAAGCUGCUAAGGCUUUUUUGGAAGAAGCAGAACAAAUUUACAAUGGAUUUUUGGACCCAUCAAUGGAUACUCUAUUUUUUGAUAUGGAAAGCGCUGAAGAACAUGCAAAUUAUUCUGCUGCACCUGUUAUGACUGCUGAUAGGAAUAGAUUUGCUUCAAAUCUUUAUUCUCGUGGUAACAUAGGAAGUGCGUAUCCUAAGACACCAGCUGUAGGUCAAUUUCUUGCGAGACCAUCUACAGCAGUUAGAGCUGUAGGUUAUACUUCUGAAGCAGGAAAAGUUUUUGAUCCAAUGCUAAGUCACAAGACAUCUCGGCAAAAAUCUAGUAUUGGUGAAAGGAAAAGUUUAGAGCCUCAGGAAAAAUACAAAAAUCUUGAACAAAAAAUUCAAAAUUUAUUAGAAGAGUCAAUAUUAGCUGGCUCUGGUAAUUCUGGCAAUACAGAAGCUCUCAACAAAGCUAAAGAAGCCUGGUCCUUAGAUCGCACUCUCAUCCGAUUGCGAGAUCAAAAUGGUGGUACGGCAUUUCAUAAUUAUGAUUUGACAUAUUCGGUGUUCUUCAAUUUGGCUAAUCAAUAUACAAAAAAUGAAAUGUACAUUGAAGCACUUAAUACUUUCACUGCAAUGACAAAGAACAAAACAUUUCCAAAUGUAAAUCGCUUAAAAAUGAAUAUGGGAAAUAUUUACUUUAAAAUGGGAAUUUAUCAAAAAGCAAUUAAAAUGUAUAGAAUGGCUUUGGAUCAAGUUUCAAAUCAUCAUAAGCAACUAAGAUUGAAAAUUACUCAUAAUAUUGGUAUUCUUUUUAUUAAAAUGGGGCAAUAUUCAGAUGCUGCAGCAAGUUUUGAAUAUAUAAUGUCGGAACGAGCAGACGUUAAGAGUGGAGUUCAUUUAGUACUUUGUUACUAUGCAAUCGGAGACAUAGAAAAAAUAAAAAGUGCUUUCAAAGCUUUGGUUGAAGUACAUUUAGAUAAUGAGGAUGAUAUGCCAUUACAUGCAGAUUUAGAAGAAACACAAGCCAACCGUUAUGUUUUUGAAUCAAUCAGAACUGAUGAAUUAGCUGAGUAUUAUAAAGUAAAGAAAAAAGAAGCUGAAAAAUCUAUAAUUAUGAUUGUUGAUUUGAUAUCACCAAUAAUUGAAGAAAAUUUUAACGAGGGUUAUACAUGGUGCAUUGAAAUUAUUAAGACAUCAAAUUUUUCUUGGUUAGCAAAUGAAUUGGAAUUGAAUAAAGCUUUAGUGUAUUUAAAGCAAAAUGAAACUAACCAGGCUAUCGAAACAUUGAAAUUUUAUGAAAAAAAAGAACCAACAAUGGCCGCUAACGCUGUUACCAAUUUAACAUUUAUAUAUCUUUGUAUGGGGGAUAUUCAAAAUGCUGAAAUAUAUGCUGAAAAAAGUAGAAAAAUUGAUAGUUAUAACCCGGCGGCAUUUAUUAAUAGUGCAGUUUGUGACAUUUUACAAGGGAAUUAUGAAAAAGCUAAAUCAUAUUUGGAAUCUGCUUUGGCUAUAGAUAUGACAUCAUUUGAAGCAAAUUAUAAUUUAGGAUUGGUAAUGAAACUAACUGGUAAUUUGUAUGAGGCAGAAGAAAUUUUCAAUAAAAUAAAACAAAGUAUGUCACAUGCAAAACAUCCACAUGUAUAUUAUCAGCUAGCUAAAAUACAAGAAACCUUAGAUCCAAGUAGUUCAACAUCUUUGGAUUCUUAUUUGCAAUUGUUGGGAAUUUCAAAUGAAAUGGAUUCGAAAUUAUAUCAAAAAGUCGGUGAAAUUUAUGAAGGCUUUAAUGAUCGUCAAGAGGCAAAUCAAUAUUACAAUGAAGCAUAUCGUAUAAAUCCAAGUGAUAUUAGUAUCGCAUCAUCAAUUGGUUCUUACUAUAUUAAGUUACAAGCUGUUGAACGUGCAAUUUAUUAUUAUGAAAGAGCAGUUUUAGCAAAUCCCAAUGAUCCAAAUUUAAUGCUAAGAGUUGCUAGUUGUUUUAAACAUAUGCAUUCACCAAAAAGUUAUUUGGGAUUAUUUGAAAAAAUUUAUGCAAGAUUUCCAGAAAAUUUAUCAUGUUUAAGAGCAUUAAUGCAUGUUACAAAAUCUCAAGGAAUGAUGGACUUACAUGAAAAAUAUUCGGCUGAUUAUGCGAGAAUUGAAAAAAAAAUACAAAAAAAACAAAGUGCUGAAAGAGUACGAAGCGGAAGAAGAAUUGAUAAUCGAAAUGGGACAAGUACACCACGUUUGGAUACAGCUAAAUCAAUCAAAAAUUCUAAUGGUAGUAACGAAUAUGGAUCACUAAAAUCAAACGACAGUUUUGGUACAUUAGCUCGUGCAUAUCCAGAUCCUUUAGGGCCACCAGCUGAACGUCCUCGAACUGGUCAAGUUCAAAGAUCUAUAAGUAAAGAUUCUGAUGAUGAUACAUUAAAUGCUGAAGAUUUAUUACCAAUGUGAAUUAAUUAUUUCUUAGCUAUAUAAGUAUGCGUAGUGUUUUUUUUUUAUAUUUUUAAGUUGAUUUACACAAAAUUAAUGAACUUAUUA